CGCAGUGGGCCCGACUCGCCAUGCCGACUGUCAGCGUGAAGCGCGAUCUGCUCUUCAAAGCUUUGGGACGGACCUACACUGACGAAGAAUUUGAUGAACUAUGUUUUGAAUUUGGUCUGGAACUUGAUGAAAUUACGUCUGAAAAGGAAAUAAUAAGUAAGGAACAAGGUAAUGUGAAGGCAGAGGGGGCCUCUGAUGUUGUUCUUUACAAAAUCGACGUUCCUGCCAAUAGAUAUGAUCUCCUGUGUCUGGAAGGAUUGGUUCGAGGGCUUCAGGUCUUCAAAGAAAGGAUAAAAGCUCCAGUAUAUAAACGGGUAAUGCCUAAUGGAGAAAUUCAAAAACUGAUUGUCACAGAAGAGACAGCUAAAAUACGCCCUUUUGCAGUCGCAGCAGUUCUCCGGAAUAUUAAGUUUACUAAAGAUCGAUAUGACAGCUUCAUUGAACUUCAAGAGAAAUUACAUCAGAAUAUUUGCAGGAAAAGAGCAUUGGUUGCCAUUGGUACUCAUGAUUUGGAUACUUUAUCAGGCCCUUUCACCUACACUGYAAAGCGUCCUUCAGAUAUCAAAUUCAAGCCUCUGAAUAAGACUAAGGAGUAUACAGCCUGUGAAUUAAUGAACAUAUACAAGACUGACAACCACCUUAAACAUUACUUGCAUAUCAUUGAAAAUAAACCUCUGUACCCAGUUAUCUAUGAUAGCAAUGGUGUCGUCCUUUCAAUGCCUCCAAUCAUCAAUGGGAAUCAUUCCAAAAUAACAGUAAAUACUAGAAAUGUAUUUAUCGAAUGCACAGGAACUGACUUUACUAAGGCAAAAAUAGUUCUUGAUAUUAUUGUCACCAUGUUCAGUGAAUAUUGUGAAAAUCAAUUCAUGGUUGAAGCAGCUGAGGUAGUUUUUCCUAAUGGGAAGUCAAAUACUUUUCCAGAACUGGCUUACCGAAAGGAGAUAAUUAGAGCUGAUCUUAUUAACAAGAAAGUUGGAAUCAGAGAAACUCCGGAAAAUCUUGCCAAGCUCCUGACCAGGAUGUAUUUAAAGUCAGAAGUCAUAGGUGAUGGGAAUCAGAUUGAGAUUGAAAUCCCUCCAACCAGAGCUGACAUUAUCCAUGCGUGUGAUAUUGUAGAAGAUGCAGCUAUUGCUUAUGGAUAUAACAACAUUCAGAUGACUCUCCCGAAAACAUACACCAUAGCUAAUCAAUUUCCUCUUAAUAAGCUCACUGAACUUCUCAGACAUGACAUGGCAGCAGCUGGAUUCACUGAAGCACUUACCUUUGCUCUGUGCUCCCAAGAAGAUAUUGCUGAUAAACUUGGUUUGGAUAUCUCUGCAACAAAGGCAGUCCACAUAAGUAACCCUAAAACAGCUGAGUUUCAGGUGGCACGCACUACCCUUCUUCCUGGCCUCUUAAAGACCAUAGCAGCAAAUCGGAAGAUGCCUCUUCCUCUGAAACUGUUUGAAAUCUCUGACAUUGUAGUAAAAGAUUCUAACAAAGAUGUAGGGGCAAAAAACUACAGGCAUCUCUGUGCUGUUUAUUACAACAAGAAUCCUGGGUUUGAGAUAAUCCAUGGGCUACUGGACAGAAUUAUGCAGCUGCUCGAUGUACCUCCUACCAAAGAUAAGGGAGGCUACAUGAUAAAAGCGUCAGAAGGCCCUGCUUUCUUCCCUGGACGAUGUGCUGAGAUCUUUGCCAGRGGUCAAAGCAUUGGGAAGCUCGGAGUCCUUCAUCCUGAUGUUAUCACCAAAUUUGAGCUGACCAUGCCCUGCUCCUCCCUGGAAAUCAAUAUUGAGCCUUUUUUGUGAGGAUGGAUCUCUAUUGUACGGUUCUGUCCCCUAGUGUCCCUUUCUCCUCCUCCGGUGUCCUCUCCUACUCCACAGGGAGCAUCCAUUUGUGCUUUAAUGUUUAAUAAAGUAAAAAGCUCCGCCUGCCUCCCUGGGUAGCUUGCAUUGGGCUGGCGUGUGCAGUGUUGGAACGUGUCUGUGUGCUUUCUUGGAUGAGCACCAGAGGAGUGCACUGGGGGUGCAGGUCCGUCUGGAAGCAGAAGUGCUACUCAGACAGCAGGUUUCUCCUUGUCACCCGUAGCUCCUGCAUAACAGGAUCCCACUUUUUUUUACCCCUUAUGGGUGAAACAGGAUAAUUAGAACACACAUCUCACAAAUGUGAGAUAGUAAGAGUUUCAGCUUUUAUUUUCUUCAUUUGGCAUGUGUUUUCCAUUGGGAACAACAAAAUAACAAUAUUUUUAGAAAACUUCUAAGAGUCAACUACAGUCGAGCAAUUAUCAUUUUUGAAGUCUUUUUAAAGUGAAAGAAAAACCUGAAACACAAAUAUUUAAAACACGAGAACAUGAAGGUGUUUUUCUACUCUGUGAUAAUCUUGAGUACAUGCACCAUAGAUCUGUUCUGCUUACAAGAGUUAAAAUGGGCAAGUGUUGAUCCAGUGCAAUGUGAACAUUAGAACAAUGAAAAACUAAUUUUUGCAUUAAGCCUUAUGUUAUGUAAUAAGUCAGUUAUAAAAUUAUGGUUUUAAAUACUUAA